AUGGAUAUGUCCGCGUUCGUCAUCCAGUCGGCACCUUCGGGCGGUGCUUCGGCGGUUGGUGGUGGACCGAAAGCGAGCGAGGCGAGCAAAAAGGUGCGUUAUCACUACACCGGUGGCGGUGGCGGCGUAGUGGUGGCGGCCGACUUGACGGCUAUCUGCCCCGUAUCGGAUCGGCGGCUGAAAGUGCACGGCGGCUGGCAGAUUUGGCUACGGCUGGGGCUGCUGGGCCUAGGGCUGCUGAGCUCCGGUGGCCGCCCGGUGGCCGCCAUCAGCACGACGGACGCGCAGGUGGAAGCGACGCACACCACGCUCCCGGUGACACUGCGGCUCGAUGACGCACUCAGCUCCGCACCACCGUACGUCGAUUUGAGCGAGGCGGAAACGAAGGACCCGCAGCGGCUGGAGAUCAUCAAACAGAUCCGGAAGGUGAACCACGACGGCUCGUACACGGUCGGGUACGAGGCGGAAGACGGUACGUUCAAGAUCGAGAGCCGGGACGUGCUCGGCAACGUGAAGGGCACGUACGGGUACAUCGACGCGAACGGUGACAUCAAGCGCGUGUCGUACGGUGGCGACGCUGGCCGCCCGCUGGCCGCCCAGCAGCCGCUGCGGCCGGCGGCCGUAACACCGGUGCCGGAUCAGGAGGAGGACAUCGUACACAUUCCGGUGCGUGCGAACCGCUCCCAGCACCUUCACCAGCAGCACCAGCUGCUCGUCCCGACCACACGCCGCCCGUCCAACUAUCAGCCGCCCACGCAGCAGCAACAUCACCUGCAGCAGUAUACCCUCCAGCACGGCAGCACCCUGCGCCCCAGUGUCAUCCAGACGAUCCCCCGCAAGCGUCCCAACUAUUCCACGCCGAGCACCACCAACAGCACGGCGGCAGUGACGACGGUGGCGGCGGCGGCUACGAGUCCCAUGGUGGCGGCUCCAUCCACGACGGAGAUGCCGCAAACAUCUCCAGCACGCGGCGCCACCACAACGACCACCACGCGUGUGACGACGGCGGCGGCGGUUGUGGGCGAGGUUAGUGAGCAAUCAACGGCAUCCUCCACUCACACCGCUUCGACACUACUCCACACGAAACCGGGCGGCGGCGGCUUGCUGAUCAUUCGGCCGACGCCGCUCCCGUACCAGGCGGCCAAGCCGGCGGAGCAGCUGGCCCGCCCCGAGCUGCGGCUCGAGAGUCCACCCAAGUUCGGCCACUCUACGCACCCUUCGAAGAAAACGGUCCGGGGUAACUUCUUCCGGCGGCAGCUAACGUCACCAGCCGCCGUCACCGGCGGCGAGUCUGGGGAGCAGUACGAGGCGCAGGCACAGCAACAGCAACAGAUCACCUACGCUGACGGUGGUGAGCUGUACGGCGGCGGGGGCGUGGGGGCACGCUCGCUGUACACCACGCACCCGACGACGCGCAUCCCAGCCGCCGUGCUGGCGGCUCGUCAGCGAGCCGCCCACCUCCAGAGCGUACUGCAGGCGCAGGGCGAGCGGCUUCCCACCACCGAGCGGGUGUACGUGAGGCAGCCUCCGAGAGCACAGCCGCCCACGGAGCCACCAUCAGCCGCCGCUAACCGGCACGCCUAUGAGCCGUCAACCGAGUCAACGUCCGAGAACAGCUACGUCACGGACAGUCCGGUGCACGGACAGUCGGUGGUGCAGAUACCGGGGGCGGCUCAUGCGGCGGCGGCGGCGGCCGCCAGCGAAGCGGAACCGGAGGCUGAAGAGCGCCACCCUAUCCUGUUCCGGCCGCGACCGAUUGAUUAUCGGCCGCCGGGUCUGCGCUACCGUACCCCGUACGGGCUGCCAUCAACACCACCUCAACCCCCGGCGCCGUUCGCGCGUGCCGAGCUGCCGUAUGGGCGGGCGACGGGGCAGGAGCCACCCUCUGACAACGACAUCGGCGGCGGCCGAGAAAACGGUCAGCCGCCGUACUUGGCGGCGUACCGUCAACAGCGGCGCCUUUUGCUGCCGGCGGCUGAACCCGACGGCUACUCGCAACAGCAACAGCAGCAGCAGCAGCAACAGCAACAACAUCAUCAGCAGCCUCCGUCCCAGCAGCAACAGCAAAGCUCGUACCCAAUUCCGGUGCCUUACGGUGGUGGCCGCCUAGCACCUAGCCCGUACUACUACGACAUCCCGGCCGAGCGGCCCCUGACGGCGCGCGACUUUGAGCGCAUCCUGCAGGUGCUGAUCUAUCGGCAUCAGCAGCUGCAGCAACAGCAGGCCGCCGCCCUGCGCUACGGCGGCUAUCAUCCGGGCGGCUUCGGCGGCCGGGGCUACAAUCCGCACAAUCCGUACUUCCUCGAGCCGUCCGUCGCGCCGUACGGGCUGCCGGGCGGCGGUUAUCCACAGCAGCAGAUUCCUCGACCCCCGCUACCCUUCCCGUACGGUGGCCACCUGGGGCAGUACGACGGCUACCAGAACCUGCUCUACAGUCCGUCGGCCGGUGCCGGGGUUCGGUCCGAUGGGUCGCCGGAUGCGUCCGGUUACGGUGGGCGCGACGGACUAGGAUCCGCGAUUCGCCGCCUGGGCCAGGGGUACUACCCAUCGCAGGAGCCGCUGGGUGGCCGCGGCGGCGGCGGAGCCGACUAUUUGCCGCCCGAGGUACGGGAAAGCCUCCUCUACCGGAUGCUGAUGCUCGCGAUGCAGGCACCCGGAUCGUCGGGCGAGGUGCUACCACUGGCGGCGGCGGCGGCCGCUAGCCUUACUGGCGGCGGCGGCGGCGGCUAUUCACUGCAGGGUGCCCCGUCGAUGACGACCGUGCGAGCCCAAACGCCUCCACCACGCGGGGAGUUGGGCGGGUCAGCAACCACCAUGUCUUCACUGUACAGCAAGAAGCCGGUGCGUAGUGUACAAAUCCUCGGCGAGGAGUGA